ACGAAUGUGCCGAGAUAAUCCGCUGUUUUACAAUUCUCCCAUUGAUUUACACAUAAACAAGUAAGCUGUAGUGUUAGCGGGUUCUCUGCGUCUCCCAAACUGUUUUGUUAGCUAAGCUAAACAGUACAUUGGGAUGCAUCUGUUUUGUUAGCUAAGCUAAACAGCAUUGGGAUGCAUCUUUUGUUAGCUAAGCUAAACAGUACAUUGGGAUGCAUCGUAUGUAAGCUAACGUUAACCAAACCGAAAGCUGCCUCAUGUCAGAUUUAACUACUAGAGUUGUAAUGUCGUAGACAUGGCACUGAACAGCACUUAGAAGAGACAUAACUAAGUGUUUGGAGUUAGCACAAUGCAUUUAGACGCGACAGCAUUUGCUAGAGAAAAGGAGGUACAGAGUGCAUGCUGAUGGGGGACGAAAAGGAGACUUGGAAAGUAAAAACUCUUGACGAAAUCCUACUUGAGAAAAAGCGAAGAAGAGAAUUAGAAGAGAGAACCGAUCCGAAGCGCCAGAAAAAUUUCCCACAGGGCCUUGUUCCACAGGCGGAUGAUCGGGAAUCCAAACGAGACACUCCGGAGGAAGGAGAACUACGGGAUCAAAGAAUGGAAAUAACAAUUCGUAAUUCCCCGUACACACGGGAAGACUCAACAGAGGACAGAGGAGAGGAAGAUGAAUCACUAGCAAUCAAGCCCCCACAGCAAAUAGCGAGGAAAGAUAAAUCUCACCACAGAAAGGAGGAGAAGAGAAAAGAUAAAAGACGCCAUCGUAGUCAUUCUGCUGAAGGAGCAGGGAAACAUGCACGACCCAAAGAAAAAGAGCGAGAGAGCGAUCGCAGGAAGCGUCAGUGGGAAGAAGACAAAGCCCGGCGAGACUGGGAGAGGCAGAAACGAAGGGAAGAGGCCAGAGCUCAUUCACGCAGAGAAAGAUGGCAAGAUGAUCCCCCCCCAUGUGGUUUUUUUUUGGAUCACAGGGACCGACUGGAGCAGCUGGAGCGCCAACGUGAACGGGACAGGAAGCUGCGUGAACAGCAGAAAGAGCAUCGGGACCUCAAGGAUCGGGAAAGGAGGGCGGAGGAACGUCGCAAAGAACGAGGGGCUCGACGCGAUGCUCCAUCUCACCACAGGAUGCUACCUGAUGAGUAUGAUGAGAAGUCAAAACAAAGUCACCGCAGCCGUAGUCCUACCCGUGAUCCCCGGGACAGAUCUGAACAUAGCGAAUCACGGAAAAGUGCAACAUCAAAGGAGGAGAAACCGGAGGGCAAAGACCUGCUUGCAGACCUCCAGGACAUCAGUGACAGCGAAAGAAAGACCAGCACAGCAGAAUCCUCCAUUGCAUCAGCAUCAGGCACUGACGAAGAGGAGGAGGAUGAUGAUGAUGCAGAAGAGUCCAGUGGCAAGAGUGAGGGUGAAGAAGAAGAGGAGGAGGAGGAGGAGUCUGUCUCAGGGUCAGGAAGGUCUGAGCAGAGUGCAGAGGAUGUGAGUGAGGAUGAGCAGUCAGAGGAAGACUUUGAGGAGGAGAGGGAAAAUGGAAAUCACAUAACUGCAGUGCCUGAGUCCCGUUUUGACCACGACUCCGAGGAGAGUGGAGAGGACAUGGAGGAAGAGGAGGAGGAGGAAGAUGAAGCAGGAGAUGGUGACCCCACGCCUCAAUCUCAGACACACUCGGGCUGUCCCACUCCCGAGGAGCACUAUAUCCCUGACUCUCCCCCAGUUUCACCUGUAGAGCUAAAGAAGGAGCUGCCAAAAUAUCUGCCUGCUUUACAGGGUUGUCGCAGUGUUGAGGAGUUCCAGUGUCUGAAUCGAAUAGAGGAGGGGACCUAUGGUGUGGUGUACAGAGCCAAGGACAAAAAGACUGAUGAGAUUGUGGCCCUGAAAAGGCUGAAGAUGGAGAAAGAGAAGGAGGGCUUCCCCAUCACCUCUCUAAGAGAAAUCAAUACAAUUCUAAAAGCUCAACACCCAAACAUUGUCACAGUGCGGGAAAUAGUUGUUGGAAGCAAUAUGGACAAGAUCUACAUUGUGAUGAACUAUGUAGAACAUGACCUGAAGAGUCUGAUGGAAACCAUGAAACAGCCCUUCCUGCCAGGUGAGGUAAAGACUCUGAUGAUUCAGCUGCUUCGAGGAGUUCGACAUCUCCACGAUAACUGGAUUCUCCACCGUGAUCUAAAGACAUCCAAUCUGCUCCUGAGCCACAAGGGAAUCCUCAAGAUCGGUGACUUUGGUUUGGCCCGGGAGUAUGGUUCCCCUCUGAAGCCAUACACCCCUGUAGUGGUAACCCUGUGGUAUCGGUCACCAGAGCUGCUGCUUGGAGCCAAGGAGUAUUCCACAGCUGUGGACAUGUGGUCAGUGGGCUGCAUAUUUGGCGAGCUCCUCACCCAGAAACCUCUUUUUCCUGGAAAAUCUGAAAUUGACCAAAUUAACAAGAUUUUUAAGGAUCUGGGGUCACCCAGUGAGAAGAUCUGGCCCGGCUACAGCGAGCUGCCCGCUGUGAAGAAGAUGACUUUCACAGAGUAUCCCUACAACAACCUGCGAAAGCGCUUUGGAGCGCUGCUCUCAGACCAAGGCUUUGACCUCAUGAACAAAUUCCUAACUUACUGCCCUAGUAAGAGGAUCUUGUCGGACGAGGCGCUCAAGCACGAAUACUUCAGAGAGACGCCACUACCCAUUGAGCCAUCCAUGUUCCCCACUUGGCCUGCUAAGAGCGAGCAACAGAGGGUGAAGAGAGGCACCAGUCCUCGUCCACCUGAGGGAGGCCUUGGCUACAGUCACCUGGGUGACGACGACCUAAAAGACACAGGCUUUCACCUGACAACUAGCAACCAGGGAGUGUCUGCAGUCGGUCCAGGAUUCAGCCUCAAGUUCUGAAGCUGCAGAAUGCCUGGCUGGCUGAGGAAGAGGGCGCUGAGAGCUCUGGGACUUCUUUUGGAACCGGACAGUGUCGCUGGUUUACAACAGUAAACCAGAUUAAUAACUGAUCAUUUAAAACUGUUACCAAAGUCAGAACUGUGUCACAGCAAGACUGGUGGCUCAAACAUGUUGAAUUUCUAGAAUUUGUCUUUGACUUUUUGGCUUCUAUUUUUUCAAGCCAUUACACUAUUUCACAUGUGGCUGUUUUAGUUCUUAAAGAGGAGAGACAACCAUAAAUCUGUUAGAAGUUUAGCUCUCAUGCUUGACUUUUGUUUUAUUUUCCCUUUUAUACUUCAUGAGAGAGGACCAGCUUUUUUUAAAUGGCCACUAUUUCCUGGCUGCCUGAGCUACUGUAUAAUGAUGCAGCAUUGGCUGUUUUCCAUCCAGUAUAACUUGAGACUGACAGCUCACUUGAUGACAGGAGGCGAUGUUUUAGCUAUAAAUAAAGUCUGAAACUUUG